UGUGCCACAGCAGUCUACCACUGCCACACUGCCGAUGUCUACACGUCCAUAUAUGAUACCGCAUACAUUUCCUCCUCCAGUGACUACAUAUGCCCGUCAGCUGCAACUUCCAUUUACCAGCCAGCAGGCAUCAGCCAGGCCACCUAAUGCUAGCUUUACUCAGCCACCCGCAUUGCCGCAUCUUCCCUAUGCACAUUCGGCAUAACCUGAUACAGAGUUACUGUUUGCUUCUGCUUAUGGCAUUCCACAACCUAAGCUACCAGUGUUUGAAAGUGGUAAUGAGAGUGACUUCGCCUUGUUAAAAUUAGGACUGGACAAUUUGUUAAGUAGUCACAGCUAUCUUAGUGAGCAGUACAAAUACCAUGUCUUGUUAAGCCAUUUGAAACUUCCUAGUGCUCAGCAGCUGGCUAAAGCCUACAUGUAUCAUUCACAUCCAUACUCUGCUGCGUUGCAGGCACUUCAGGACAAGUAUGGACAGCCAAGACAACUUGUGCAGUCAGAGCUGGGUGCUAUCAUGAACAGUCCACCACUAAGAUUGGGCGAUGCUAAUGCUUUUGAUUCCUUUGCCUUAUCGGUACAAUCGUUGGUAGGUAUGCUGAGGACUCUUGAAGGCCAGAAUGGUUAUGAGCUCAUGUGUGGCUCUCAUGUGGAUCGUCUGCUCAGCAAGUUGCCACCUGCCUAUCGUGAUGGCUUUGUUGAAUACUGUCUAAGCAAAGGUAUUCUCCAGACAGGCACAGACAAAACCUAUACACUUCCAGAUCUGGCUGUUUGGCUCGAGAUUAAAUCCCAAGCGAAGCGAAUUUCCAGCCGAGCUGCAGCACUGUUCCAUUGUGACUCACCCAAGUCCUAUGCUAAAUCCACGACUUUUGCUCGUCCAAAGGAGAGAUUUACACCUGUUCUCUUGACCAGUGAGAGAGGCACGAAGGGUCCUGAUGCUGCAACACAGAAGUCUAGCUCAAAGUUAAAGCCCAGGCCGUAUUGUCCUCAUUGUGAUAGUAGGGACCAUUACCUAAAUGCCUGUGAACAGUUUAAGAAACUGACUACAGCUCAAGUUAUCGCUUGGAUUAAAGAGGGAAAGCGCUGUUGGAGAUGUGGCCGGAAUCAUGCAGUGGAGGUCUGCAACCUCAAGCGUCCAUGUGGUGUUUGUAAAGAGUUACAUCUCACCGUUCUGCACGAUUCUGUCAAUGAUACUUCCAGGGCUGUACUCAUGGUCAGUCUGCCACCUACCAGAAUAUACUUUGACCGUCCUAACCGUUCACCAAAGGUUAUGUUGAAAGUAGUCAAAGUCCUUCUUCACAAUGGUCGACGAACUAUGGAAACCCACGCAGUUCUUGAUGACGGGUCUGAGAGAACGAUAGUGCUUCAGCCAGUAAUGGAGCAGCUCAAGUUAACUGGUACUCCAGAAUUGCUCCCAUUGCAGACAAUUCACCAGUGUCACACAGAACUUAACGGGUCAUCUGUGUCUUUUGAGGUGUCAUCAGUAUCCAAGCCAAUGAAGAAGUUUGCUAUACAUAAUGCAUUCACUGCCACCGGUUUGUGUCUAGCAGAGCACAACUACCCAGUGGCUGCUCUCCAGAAGGCUUAUCGACACCUAAAGGACCUUCCACUGCCUCCUAUGGACAGAGUGAAACCGCUGCUUCUUAUCGGGUCUGAUAUGCCGCAUCUCCUGACACCAGUUCAGCCCAUUUGUAAAGGCCCCAUAGGAGGACCCAUUGCUGUUCAUACACCGUUAGGAUGGUCUCUCCAAGGCCCGAUGAGUCCCAUGCAGCCCUCACGUGGAAGUCAGCAGUGUCUUUACAUUACGACAGUUUCAAAUCGUGACGAUCUGAUCCAGCAUGUGGAAAGACUCUGGCAAGUUGACACUCUUCCAUACAAUACCAAGAUGGUUACAAGGUCCAAACAGGACAAAGAGGCUUACACUUUACUGCAGAAUGCUACCAUCAGGGUGACAGUGGAUGGUAUACAACGUUAUGCUACACCACUGCUGAGACGAACCCCCCUAAACAUACUCCAUGCAGAUAAAACAGCUGUUCUUCCUAGUUUGCGCCGUAUUGAGCGAAGACUGGCACGGGAUCCUGAGAAGGCUAAAGUUUACUGCAAUGAGAUCACUAAGUUGGAGUCAGCCGGGUAUGUGUCUAAGAUAACUGCAGAGGAAGCAGACCAGAGUGCAGAGUCUUGGUUCAUACCGCACCACAUGGUGCAACACAAUGGUAAAGACAGAAUUGUCUUCAAUUGCUCCUUCCAACAUCAGGGACAGUCCUUAAAUGAACAGCUGCUACCAGGACCAACUUUGGGACCAUCCUUACUAGGUGUCCUCCUGAGAUUUCGCCAACACACCGUUGCUAUCAGCGGGGACAUCAAAGGUAUGUUCCACCAAGUCCGUUUGCUGCCUGGGGACAAAUCCGUAUUGCGUUUCCUUUGGAGAGACAUGCGCAGGGAGGCAGAACCUGAUAUAUAUGAGUGGCAGGUUCUUCCGUUCGGCACCACCUGCAGCCCCUGUUGCGCAAUUCAUGCCCUUCAACAUCACGUCCAAGCACAUAAAGAUCUUAUGGCCAACUCAGUGGAUAUUGUGGAGCAUUCGUUCUACGUGGAUAACUGCCUUCACAGUGUACCAUCGACGAGUGAAGCUAAAGAAAUAGUGGAUGGGUUGCGCCAACUCCUUUCCAAAGGGGGCUUUGAGAUUAGACAGUGGGCGUGCAAUGUGCCAACGGUAAUCCAACACCUACCUCCAGAAGCCAGGUCAGCGAAUAGCGAACGUUGGUUAGCCCAAAGCACUGCUGACCUUCAGGAACUCACUCUUGGUCUGCGGUGGAAUUGCAUAAGUGACACCUUGGGGUACAAUUUACGUUCUGUGGAAACUGUUGAGCCUACCAUGAGGAACAUAUAUAAAACUUUGGCGAGUCAGUAUGACCCUUUGGGGUUCAUUACCCCGUUCACUACAAGGGCCAAGGUUAUUAUCCAAGACCUCUGGAAGCACAACCUCGGUUGGGACGACCCCAUAGAACCAUUACCUUUGAGAGAGAAGUGGCUUACCUGGGUAGGAGAACUCCCAACUCUUGUAAAGCUUCAGUUCCCUCGAGCAUACACCCCAGUCUCUGCUGACCACCCUUCUGUCACCCGAGAGCUUCAUGUCUUUAGUGAUGCGUCGGAAAGGGCAUACGGUUCGGUGGCAUACUUACGCACCACAGACCAUCAAGGACAAGUUAUUCUUACCUUCGUCUUAGCCAGGUCUAGAGUAGCACCUCGAAAAUGCCUGUCUAUGCCUCGUUUGGAGCUGUGUGCUGCCCUUACCGGUGCACAGUUGGCGAAGGUGCUCCAAACAGAGUUGACCAUACCUAUCCAUAAGGUCACUUUCUGGUCUGACUCUACCACGGUGUUGUACUGGUUGACAUCUGAAUCUUGCCACUACAAAGUGUUUGUAGGAACGCGCGUGGCAGAGAUCCAGACUCUAACAGAGAUGGCUGAAUGGAGGUACGUGGAUUCGCGUAACAACCCUGCCGACCACAUUACACGGGGUCUUACACUUACAGACUUAGCAGGCCCGCAUCAGUGGAGCUCAGGUCCAGCCUUCCUUGUUCAGCCACCUGACCAAUGGCCAACAAUGCCCAAAUGUGAAUGUGAACCUGACAGCAGUGAACUAAAGAAAUCUGUCUUUGUGGGAUCUGUUUCAGCACCUAAUAGUUCGCUUCCUCCAGAUCCAAGCCAAUUCCACACAUGGCAAGAGCUCGUUAAGGCCACAGUCAUAUCCCUGCAUGGGGCGGCUAGCACCAACACUGACCCUUCUAUGGAGGCUUCUGAAUAUAUUAAAGCGGAAAAGCUGCUUCUGUCACAAGCUCAAAUAGACUCCUUUCCUAUUGAGGUUAGAGCUUUGAAGGCCGGACAUCCUAUUCCACAUAACAGUCGCUUAGGCUCACUUGCCCCUGAAUAUGAUGAUGCCACUGGUCUUGUUAGAGUUGGUGGACGGCUACGACGUGCUAGUGAACUUGAUUUAGAGGCCAUACACCCAAUUGUGUUAGACCCUAGCCAUCAUAUCACUAAGUUGCUGAUAAAGGACACAGAUCAACGACUUCUUCACCCUGGCUCAGAAAGGGUUCUAGCAGAACUGCGCCGACAGUAUUGGGUACUUCGAGGCCGAGAAGCAGUUCGCAAACACCAGCAUACUUGUCGAGACUGUCAGUUGUGGCGGGCCAAGCCUCAAACCCCACGUUUGGCGGAUCUACCCCCCUGCAGGUUAAACCUGUACAAGCCACCUUUUUAUUCUACUGGUGUAGACUGCUUUGGUCCAUUCGCAGUCAAAAUUGGACGCCGCCAAGAGAAAAGGUGGGGGAUUAUCUACAAAUGUCUAACUACACGGUGUGUGCAUCUGGAUCUAUUGGAGCAUUUGGACAGUGAUGCUUUUCUGCUCUCUCUGCGGCGUUUCAUAGCCCGCCGUGGCAAGCCUAUGGAGUUGUUGUGCGACAAUGGCACCAACUUCGUUGGAGGUGAUCGGGAGUUAAGGGAGUCCUUUGAGUCUAUGUCUGCAACACUACAGGAACAGCUAGCGGAGCAGAAAAUCCGAUUUCGCCAUAACCCACCGAUUGCUCCUCACUUUGGGGGUACCUGGGAGCGCGAGAUAAAAUCAGUUAAAGCAGCACUACGUGUGAUCCUCCGAGAGCAGUCCGUGCCUGAACCAGUACUUCAGACCCUACUGGUAGAAGUUGAAGGCAUCUUGAACUCCAAGCCACUCGGUUACGUAUCCUCGGAUAUUGCGGAUGUAGACCCUGUGACUCCGAACUUAUUACUUAUGGGUCGUCGAGAUGCGUCUCUACCUCAGGUUUUGUAUGACCCUAACAACCUGCUUGGAAGACGAAGAUGGCGACAUAGCCAGGUGCUGGCUGAUUGUUUCUGGGCUGCCUUUAUUCGUCAAUACCUCCCAGGUAUGCAGGGACGUACCAAGUGGAAGACAGAUGGCAUAGAACUGAAAGUAGGGCAAGUCGUACUUGUUGUCGACCCACAACUUCCACGUUCACUCUGGCCUGUAGGAACAGUUACAGAGACCUUACCUGGAGCUGAUGGUAGAAUCCGUAUUGCCAGGGUCAAUGUUAAGGACAAAGUUUAUACUCGCCCAGUUGUGCGAUUAAUCCCACUGCCUCACCUUGAGGACAAUGACAUGAGCUCCACCAACAGACUUUCUUAGAGUGUUCAAUUAUCUUGACAGAUAAUUGGGGGCGGCUGUGUCAGAAAGUCAAUGUAGUAACUGGGAACUAAUGUUCUUUAGAUGUUUCCUAGAGGGAACGUUUUUGAGUGUUGCACACUGGUGAAGACGGCUGUCAAUCUUUGUAUAUGCUGCUGUUAACGUUCUGUAAUGUGUACAUAUAAUACAAACCAUUACAUUACAUUACAUUGAUAUGAGCAGCAUACACAGAUGUUGGACCAUCAAUAAAUGUCUCAUUCUAAAGACUUUCCUCCUCUCCUGAUUCUCUAACCGGAAUCUGGUCCAUAUUUGGCCGCCUCAAUCAGCUGUUAUUAAAAUGUAGUGAGGUUUGCU